AUGCUUCUGUUGAUUACAGGCGCCAUCAAGCUGACCUUGUUGUUGGACUCCCUGGCCCUGUUGGGGUUCUUGUCCUUCCUGGUACUGGGAUGUGACAAUCCAAAAAUAGCAGGCGCUACCUUCCCAUAUCAUGCUUCUGUUAACCUAAACAGCUCCGAAUUGGAAGAGUUUGAAAUAGAAGCGAAUCUGACUUUGACCUGUAACAUUGGUUGCUCGUGUUCCAACAACCACCUGGAACCGAUCUGUGGCAUUAACGGCAUUACCUACUUCUCCCCCUGCCAUGCGGGCUGUACCCAGUUCUUCAGCCGCAUCACCACAGAGGAGAAAAUGGUGAAUUUUAGCGGUUGUUCUUGCAUCAUGGAAAACUCAAGUAUUUCCCCCGAAGUUAUCAUGUCUCCAGUAGCAACCAGUGGACCGUGUAAAUCCACCUGUCAGAACCUUCUCCCAUUCCUUAUUCUACUCGUGAUCCUAACUUUCACUGUGGCUGGCACACAGAUGCCCCUCCUUAUGAUUACACUCAGGUAAGUAGAUGAUUGAAUCUCUCAUAGGAU